AUGAUGAUGAUGAGCCGUGUGAUAUGUGUGUUGGCCGUUGUGCUGUGCUGCGCCUGCAGCUCUACUAUGGCUAGUGGAGUGGGAACCGCAUUGGGUGCACUUGCUCCCACUUUUAUGGAUUGGGGUGCACCAGAUAAAUAUAAGUCGUCCUUAGGGAGGACAGGACAACCCACUGGGACAAGAAGGAACAAUGAUGACCCAACGCAUUCUCAUCGUAGUGAAGUGGAGAAUGAAGAACUCGCCAAAAGGAGAUCAGAAGAAAGUGCAGAGGAGAUGCCACCCGAAGGCGAUCCAUUUACUCAAGGUUCUGGUAAGGACGGUGGAAUCUCCAAACAUCAAGAUUCUUCCGAUCAUUCCCGUGGAACUGAGGCAGGUGAAGUAGAGCGUGGACCUGCGGCAGUACAAGGUGAAGUAUCUUCUGCUGUUCAGAGUGGAGUAAGUACGUUACCAUCAACAGGUACCGCAGGCACACACGACGAAGAACAAGAGGUUAAACAAACACAAAGCCAGAAUAACGGGACUGAUCCUGCUACACACGGUACUGAAGAGGCACCGAUCAACACAUCUGAAAACACUACACCUGCCGACUCUAAUCCUAUCCAGCCAUCUCCAGAAGCUGCAGGUGCAACUGCUGCAUCAGACUCACAAGAAACCACUUCCACUAUUCCGCCGAGCCCCGAGAACACUACCACAGAAGCACCAACCACCACUCCAUCUCCUGUUCCCGUAAACGAUACACAGAUUAACACCAUCGCUUCCACAGUGCAGAAGAAGGCUAAUGCUGACAGCAGUAUCAAUCCUGUGUGGAUACGCACUGCAGCAUCGCUGCUAAUUGUGGCUGUUUUGGUCUCCGCUACCGUGUACUGA